CCGGCAGCCUCGCUCGCUUUUUAAUUCUAAAACAAAAUUCCCAACGACCAAAGCUUGACUCUAACUAACAGCCAUUUCCUCUCUCUCGACUCUAGUGUGAUUGGAAUCAACAGAUCUGCGAAACUCCAAUUUCAGUUUCUGCAAACUCCAUCAUGCGGAUAAAAUGAGGGACAAUGUAAGAUUUGAAUGUGAGGUAAAAUGUUAACUGCGGCGUAAGCAGAGGCUGUUUUGAACAUGACCUAGAACCAAGCAAUGUCUUAUGAGGAGCAAUCUAUGCAUGGGUUUGAAAUGGAUGGGCAUCAGAAGCAGGGCUCAAAUUUUUUAUUUAGUGUGAAUAAUUCUGGAAUGAAUAUUUCUGUAAGGAAAUUGAAAGAUGAUGGGAAUUUCAGUUAUGUUCAAGAUCAAGAGGAUAUGGGACAUUAUUUGCAAGCUAGAGCACAGGAAGACGAGAUUCAUUAUCUUCGCGAACAAAUUACUGUUGCUUGUUUGAAGGAACUUCAGCUGCUGAAUGAGAAAUGUGCACUGGAAAGGAAAUUCUCUGACUUGCGGAUGGCAAUUGAUGAGAAACAAAAUGAAGCCAUAAUUUCUGCAUCAAAUGAAUUGGCUCACAGAAAAGGUGAUCUUGAAGGAAACUUUAAACUGGUCCAUGAUUUGAAGGUUGUAGAGGAUGAGAGAUACAUCUUUACAUCAUCCAUGCUUGGGCUAUUGGCUGAAUAUGGUUUUUGGCCUCCUGUUGUAAAUGCUUCCUCCAUAACCAGCAGCGUGAAGCAUCUGCAUGAUCAGUUACAGUUGAAGAUUAGAAGUUCACAUGAUAGAAUAAGAGAGAUAACAAACAAGGUGGCAGCAAAUGUUGGAAAUGCAUCUGUUGACAAGGAGAACUUUAGUUCUGGCAUUUUGAAAACAGAACUUGGCCAUAAAUCCACGGGACAGCAUGGGUUUUCUCCCAAUAAUCACCAUCCAGAUGAUCAUAAUGUCAUGCAUAUCAAUGAUCCUGUAGUUACAAGAAGCUCAAUAAUUAGUGGUCAGGCAAACCAUCAGUUGAGUAAUGGCAAUAAGCAGGACUUCAUGUUCAAUUUUGAUAGAGAAAGCAUGGGUCCUCCUUUUAAUGGCGCAGUUGAUAAAGGCAUUAUGGAGGUUAGGGCAGGAGAGAUGACCAACAAUCCCUUGUCUCAUCCCCUCACCCUGCAUGAUGAGAUUUCUCCUGCUGCUAAUGAAGAAGGCCCUGGCAUUGAGGGGUUUCAGAUUGUUGGUUAUUCUGCGCCAGGAGAAAAGCUUCUGGGGUGUGGAUAUCCAGUUAGGGGGACUACCCUUUGUAUGUUUCAGUGGGUUCGUCAUCUUGAGGAUGGAACUAGACAUUACAUUGAGGGAGCCACAAAUCCAGAGUAUGUUGUCACAGCUGAUGAUGUUGAUAAACUGCUCGCUGUUGAGUGCAUUCCGAUGGAUGACAGAGGUCGUCAGGGGGAGCUAGUGAGGCUCUUUGCUAAUGACCAGAACAAAAUAAAAUGUGACCCAGAAAUGCAAAUGGAGAUUGACACAUACAUAUCCAAAGGCCAGGCUACAUUUAGUGUUGUGUCACUGAUUGAUUACUUUCCUGAGAAUUGGGAGCAAGCAGAGAUGAUUUUGAGACGGUCAGGUUUCCAAGUUAAAGUCGGGGAAGCUGUGGUUGUUCAGGAGAAAUAUUCAAAGGAAUUAACGAUUAAGAUACCUGGAGGACUCUCCACACAAUUUGUAGUGACAUGUUCUGGUGGAUCUUCAUAUGCUUUUAGCACAAACCAUGUUAGAAACCGUGAUGCUCUCGUUUUGACCUUGAGAACAUUCCAGAGGAAGGUAUGUUUACUGACUUUGUAAUUCAUGCACCGUUUGCUAGUUGUUGCUAUGAUGUUGUAGUUUCUAAAGAUAAUCAAUCGUGAUUGACUAAAAAGAAAAAGAUGUCAUCACUCAUGCGUGCAUUGGAUUUCAUCUCUUCUCAAUUUGGUUGGGAGUUUCAUUGCUAGGAAACCAACUGGUCCUUCCAGGAAAUUUUGUAGAAGCAUAAGAAUUUUAGUUGCUUAGAAGUUGAAUUUUAAAAGCUGAGAUUCUUAAUGGUUUUUCGCUGUUAUACCAUCCCUAUGGAAUCAUCAUCAGAUCUUACUCUAUUUUUUCAGUUAUCUACUUUCAUAUGUAAUCUUUGGUUCAUACAAGUCAGCCACGUUUGAAAUAAGUAAAAGAUGAGAUUAGGGUGCUAGCAAAAUUGGUGAUGAUGAAUUUAGUCAAUUGACCAGAAAAGUAAGUUAGGAAUUACAAAUUAACAGAAAAUUACCAAACCCCCUCUAAGGUUUAAGUGAAAAUUUCACUUUCCCCUUGCAUUCUGAAGAACAUAUGCUUAACACGCUAAAAGUCUAGCAGUUUAGUAACUUUUAUAUUGAAAAGAAUUAUUAAGUGAAAAUGAUGUUUCAAGAAACUCGUAAAGGGAUAUGAAAGUAAAAUGCAACAAUUUAGUGCGGCAUCACUUUAGGUUGUGACAACAUCCAUAUUGUUUUGUUUACAAUAUUAUGCAAUUCGUAACCCUUGAAAUAUUCUUUGUUUAGUUAUGAAUAUUUAAUGUACAGAAUUGAAGAAUGUAAGGAAUACAGCCGUGUUUCACAAAAAUAAAAAGGUGUUCAACCUUUUUGUUUAUAUGUCACCCUUUAACUAUAUAUAUUUUUUAUGAGAAUGGAAACUAAAACGAUUUUUGGUCUAUUCCAUGGCCUUGGAUGAGAAGAGAAAAGGAAAAGCAUAGGUUCAUUGUUCCAUUUGAAUACAUAAAUUUUGGUCAAUAUUGAUUUAUUGUAGAUCCUAGAAAAGAAAUAAUGGAUCGGAUUUAUAUUCCAGUUAUAUCAAGAAUGAGGAUGUUUUUUUGGUAAAUAAGAAUGAGGAUAUUGUUACAUAUAUUCAUAUAGUUGUCCUUGUAAAGCAUUCAAUGUAAACAAAAUAAUGUGUUGGCUCUUGGUCAAAAAAUACAUAAUGUGUUAGCUUGGACGCCUGUAAAGCGUUUGAAGUUUCAAUUUUUCGGGACUUGAUUGCUCAAUUA